AGUUGAGUCAGCCUUUCGGCAGUUUUGACCGAGUGUCGCCGUCGCCGUUAUGAAAAUGUCAGCUCGCUUGUGAUUCACGCUCGCGACCCGACCUGUCUCGCGCGAGCGUCGAACGGUUACACGUCCCGUGCCACCGAGACGAUCGACCACGACGUUCUGCUCGGUCGUCUGCGAGCAGGUGAGUGACAUUGUGGAUACACACACGUUUUGGUUUGUCAGGCGAAUCGUAUCGUAUCGGAUUGCCGACGACGGCAUCCGUUAACGGGCGAGUGCAAAGUGAGGUUAGGUACAUUCGUAUCCGCGGCAUUCUAUCCUCGUCCACAUCUGUCCUCGUAUCCCGAUAUCAGUCUCGGAUAACUACCUAGGCAUAAAUUAGCUUCUGGCGUGCCGUUCAUGGCAGCUGGUAGCGAUUUGACGAUCAUCAAGUGGAAUUCUCGUUGUCGCUGCAUCUGUCAAGUGCAACUUUCUAAUGCGUGACUCAUGCUAUCGCUGAUGAGGGGGUAAAAAAGGCUGGAAUGCCAUUCUAGGGUACUGUCUAAUUUAUCAGCAGCGAGAAUCUGCGAUAAUUUCCAGGAUGAUGGAGGAACCACUGAAUCAAGGUGCCUCACCGUCCAUGAGCGAUGGCAACUUUUCGGCGGGCGGCAAUGGUGAAAUGAAUUCGACCACUGUAGUCAGUCUGGAUGAGAGGAUAUUGGAUAUCACAUCGCGGCAUACCCUAAAUGUUCUUAGAACACCUCCGACAAAGAAGGCCAAGAGAGUUCGAUUCUUCCGCAAUGGAGACAAGUAUUACACAGGUGUGGUGAUGGCAGUGACGCCCGAAAGAUAUCGCAGCUUCGAUAGCCUCGCGACCGAUUUGACCCGUGCCCUGGUGUCGAGCGUUACCCUGCCGAAUGGUGUGCGAACGAUAUAUUCCAUGGACGGCCGCAAGGUACAGAGCGUCAGCGAUCUAGAAGAUGGCAAGUGCUACGUGGUAUCUGGCCAGGGCGAAAGUUUCAAAAAAGUCGAAUAUUCAGCGUCUAAGGUCCGUCGGGGCAGCUCGCUGUCCGGGCUGCCACAGUCGCCGGCAGCUAGCAGUGGUGGCGGUGGUACUGGCCGGCAGACCAGCGCCAUUCCGCUGUGCGUGAAAGCGCGCAUCGUGACGCUGAUCCGCCACGGUACCAAGCCGCGUAAAGUGAUGCGACUGUUGUUGAACAAACGUAACGCACCGAGUCUCGAGCACGCGAUGGAAGCGAUUACAGAGGCGGUGAAACUUGAUACCGGGGCGGUGAGGAAGGUGUAUACAUUGUCGGGUCAGCAAGUGACUUCGCUCGAGCAAUUUUUCGAGAACGAUGACAUUUUCGUGGCAUACGGCCCCGAGAAGUCUGUACAAGAAGACUUUGAGCUGGAUUUCGAGGAGAGUAAAUAUGUGCAAAGCUUCCGCCGAUGUCCAUGGAGCUCCAAGCGACAGAGUGGUCCAAUGCCGCGAAUGCCGAGAAAGUCUGGCAAGAAAACACUUACCACGCCGCAAGUCAGGACUCCAAGUCCAUCAUCUUUGAUACUGCCACAGCCUUUGAGGAUGCAUUACACCGUGGGACAUAUAAUCGGAGAUGGAAACUUUGCCGUCGUUAGGCACUGCACCCACAAAUCUAGCGGUGCUGAGUAUGCUAUGAAAAUUGUGGAUAAGUAUAAGUGUCAGGGGAAAGAAACAAUGCUUGCAAGCGAGGUAGCAAUACUGAGACAAGUUUGCCAUCCCAAUAUAAUCAGCUUGAUUGCGGAGCAAGAUACUGCCGAGCAAUUAUUUUUAGUUAUGGAACUUGUUAAGGGUGGAGAUUUAUUCGAUGCAAUCGCAGUUGCAACGAAAUUCUCUGAAGCAGAGGCGAGUGUGAUGAUCAGUCAUUUGACUUCCGCUUUGGCUUACUUACAUUCGCAUCAUAUCGUACACCGCGACGUCAAGCCAGAGAAUCUCCUAGUUGAAAUGGAUGGUAGUCAUGUUAGGUGCUUGAAACUGGGCGAUUUCGGACUUGCGCAAGUAGUGCGAGAACCUUUGUAUACAGUCUGUGGUACACCCACUUAUGUGGCACCGGAAAUCCUCGCCGAAACCGGAUAUGGUUUAAAGAUUGAUGUAUGGGCGGCCGGAGUAAUCCUAUACAUUCUCCUAUGCGGUUUCCCGCCAUUCGUAUCGGUAGAUAAUGAACAGGAGGAAUUGUUUGAACGUAUCCUGAGCGGUCAAUACGAAUUCACAUCGCCGUACUGGGAUACAAUAUCAGAUUCCGCGAAGCAACUCAUCUCGAACAUGCUACAAGCACAGCCAGAACUUCGCUUCAGCGCAGAGGACGUAUUAGAUCAUCCGUGGCUCGCGAGCUUUCUAGGAGGCGAGCAGACCGCAGCAACAGCAACUGACGCACCGGCGGAGCAAUACUGGAAUCAGCAGCGUAAGCCGAUAAGAUUGGCCACCUUCGAGUUCGACUUCAAGAAGCAGCGCAGUCAACGACAAGACGACGACACCAAGACAAGAGCUGAGUGGAAGAAUGAUAUUGAUCGUCGUGAUGUAUCGGAAUUUAUCGACGUUCAGAGAAAAUCGGCUAAGUGGAAUCACGACGAAAUCGAUUUUGCCAACGGCAAUAGCAACGAAAAUGACUUAGUGUUUCUUAGUUCCGAUUGCCUGAAGGAUAUCAAUAGUCUGAGCCGAUCGAUGCACGAUUUAAUAGACAAUCUGAAUGAUAAUAGAAUACCACGACGCCGUCUUGAAUCGCAGAGCGCUACUUCGUCACUCACCAGCAUUCCAGAGAAUUUAAACACGUGCAAUUAUCGCAGCAAUUCACCGAUUCGUUGCGACGAAAUCACCGAGAAGACAGUCAUAAUUUCUAGAAAUCAUCGAGGCGAUCGGAAAAACGGAAAUUCGACGAAAGAAUCGAGGUAUCUCCAUUUGAAUUGUGAGACGCCAAAGUCAGCGAAUAAAUCCAUUGUUUCGAUUCGUCAAAGUAAAUGCAACCAGAAGAAUUUGUAUCAGGUGAAUCGCGAGAAUAGAUUCGACAGCGAUGACUUUCGCAACAGCAAUGCGACUGCGUCAACAUCGAGUGACAGUCUGACUGGUGACAGUUCGGCCGGCAAUGACAUCGAGACUUCCGACAGCUUUGUAAACAUUCAAUUCGCGCGACUGGCACGCGGACAAAAAUCGAGUUCGACGCAAAGCAUGGAGUCGACCGACAGCUUUGAGAACGUGAGUUUCCGGUACACAAACAACUGUCUCAAGGAUCGCUCCUCGCAGAUUUCUUCGAAGCUAGUGAAUAAUCAGGAUAAAAAUACAUCUGCUUCAAGGAUGAUGCAGUCUCGAAUAGCUGUGCUAAAUACGUUGAGAUCACCUAAAUUGGACAAUCAGGUCGACAAAAAAAAUUGCAACAGCCCGUUCAGUAGGAUUCAAGAAAUGGGCAAAGGCGCGAAGAACGAACCAGUGAAGUUGCGGCACGAAAGAUACAUUAAUAGGAAGAGUCAGGUAGAUUCCAAAAGUGUCAAGAGCAAAAGAUACAGCUGCUUUUCUCCAUGCGCAACGAAGAAAUCACCCGAGGAAGUUAGCGGCAGCGGCGGUGGUGAUAAACUCACGACGCGGAAGUUCAGCUCGACGGAUGAAUUACGCGACGAGAUGAGACAGAAACCGGCAGCGCGGACGAAGCGGUUCAGCCUGUAUUAUACACCACAGCCAUUGAGGAAGACAUACGAGAGCGAAGCGAAGACCGGGAGGUCGUGCAAGUCAACGGGUCGCACUCAAAGGUCUGAGGUGAGCAAGGGAAGGGACAAAGAGGAGAUGGAGAGAAUAGAUAAGAGCCGAAGAUCAGUGAUCGACGCCUCGACGAUCUCUAGCAGAGGCAAAUCCAACAGACAAAGUAUUCACGUGAGACCAAGCGGCGUAUUGAACACAACCAGGACAAAGUGAUAGCGAAGAGUUGAGGUGAUUUAUUGAGGGUGCGUGGUGGACGCUGAUAUAUGACUAAUUCGUGCAAGAACGACGAAAUCCAAAGUCUAAGCGCUUUAAGAAUAGAGCAGUUUUUAUUAAUAUUGGUCCACAUUAAAUUAGUUGACACUCUUGAUAUGUAGCGAUCGAACCUCAUCGAAGUUGAAAAUUAUUUUUUUAAUGAUUGUGUUAAUACGCGUUAAGAAAAAUUUUGCUUUAAAUUCUAUUAAAUUGAAAUGACUAGACCGAAUGACACUAAAUAUUUUAUAAAGGAAGAAACGAUCUCAUAAUCCUUAGAUUUUGGACUUCAGAUUUAGACUGACGGUACCAACGAAAAGCAUUGUAUCUACAACAGUUUAUGACAUGUUUUUUUUUUUAAAAGUUUUCAGUUUAUUAAUUUCGAUAAAAACACUUUCAAAUAUAAAAUAAGAAGAUUAGAGAGUUAUAAUAUUUUAAAACAGUCUAUCGAUAAAAUAGACGUCAUUGGAAAACGAUUGUACAAAUGUUAGAUGGUACAGUUGUAAUACUUUUCAUUGAUGCCAUCCAGAAAGAGAACCUCAAAUCUUGUAGAUUAUUCAACAGAAGAAUACGAAAUGGUGUAAAACUUUUUCUAAUUUACAUAUAUUUUCAUAAUUUUUAUUACUGUUGAAGAUUGAAUAGCUGAAAGAGAGACCAAAGACGAUAUAUAAUCGCGAAGUGCAAGAGAGUUUUAAGAAUAAAACCAGAUGAAGUUUAUAUCUGCAAAAAAAAAUUACAAUUACCAGUAUUAACUUCUAGAGUUAAUCUGGAGGACUUGCUAGCUAUUAAAAUCCCGGUUGUAAUUCGUCCUUUUUUAGAUAUUAUCUUUUUAGUUAGAGUAAGAAUAAUAUAUAAUUAAUCUCGCGCGAUAACUAUUAAUCGGUGAUAAUGUACCCAGUCCUUAAUCGUCCGGGAUUCGAGGAUGACUUUGUCAUAACAGCACUGAAAUAGUAAUGGAUCGAUAGCGAAUGACGAGGAUGAUGGUUGAGAAACUGACGAGUUUGGAAUUAAGAACAAAACAUGCCAAAUGCAUUUAAAUAGGUUAUUUUAUAUCGAAUGUCUAUGUAAGUCUAGUUGUAGGUAAAUAAACGCAAAUAGACGGAGUAUUUAAUCAACCCUUUCGGUUCCAUGACGCGAAAGAGGCUUAGGAUUCAUGUUGACAUGAAAAUUAAUCUUGUGGUAAAAUUCUUAGCUUAUUUAUACUGAUACAUGUUUCGUUUUAAACUAAAAAAAAAUUUAUCUUAAGCUAAAUUGCGACUCUAGAUGAAAGUUACACUGAGCAGUUUCUUAAAAAAAGUGCAAUGUAAGGUCGAAAGGAUUAAGGAUUAGAGAAUAAUAACUAGAAUUAAGCUUCAUUUUCGAACGAUUAGCGAUUAGCAAUUUGUAUUGAUAACGCAAGAAUUUUUGCAACGGAAGACAAAGGGCGACGAAUUGGAUUUUGGAAUGCUGAAUAAGCGUAGUGCACAUUGAACUUACUCAAGGAAAGACGAGAAGAUAAUUAUUUUUGUAAAGGAGCCGCGUCGUAGCAAUAAGAAGUGACACUGAGAAAUUGAUGAACGAGUGCAUGCGCGCUGCAGAAAAAGAAAGAUGACUGUUAACAAAAUUAUUUUUCUAGAUAUCGAUAAGGUGUGAUGGCAAGAAUUGAGACUGUCGUUUUUUCUAACUGGUUUUAAAAUAUUCAAGAGCAUGUUUUGGAAAAGAAUAAAAAAAAUUGUACUUAUAAUAAACCAUUUUUAAGUGCAUACAAUUAUUUAUUUAAUGUUUGGAACUUUUGAAAUUCAAAAACGAAGGGAUGAAUUUUGAAAUAUUGAGAUUCAAUCAAGUCUUGACUUAACUUUAUUGUGAAAAUUGUCAGAAUCAUAACAUCGCGCUCUUUGUCGCUCGAUCGUUGCUAAUUUGUAGUCUCACUUUUGCUGCAGCGAUUCUCGACGAUUUUUGUAUCGCGUUUGUGUGAUGUCUGUCGACAAAUCGUGUACAUAAUUGUAAUAACGUGUGUGUAAGGCUUCAUUACUCGUGAAAUGAUAAAAAUAAUGUUACUGUGAUUCGUUCGCUCGUCAUUCAUUUAUUCGCGUUUCCCAGCGCGGGAGCCCGACUUUUAGAAUUUGUUAAUAAACGGUAAUAUAUAAUUAUUUUUUUGUUUCUCGUUCUUGUUUUGUUGUAUUAUUCUUAAUGUAAUAAACGUACCGAUCUGCGCGUAAUUUACAGUAGUUUGUAGGUUUUAAACGUGAUUCACGCCAAAAAUUAAGAUGCAUAAUGUGACUUUAGCUAUUUAUACUAUAUAUUAUAUAUUAUUAUAUUAUACAUAUAUAUACAUAUAGAUACGAUAUUCGAAAUCUCUUAUCGAUAUCAUACAAUUCCAUUUUCCAAAUUCAGUUGCAUAUCAGCUAUAUCUGUUUCAUUUGCGAUUUGCAAGAAUAGAAUUAAAAGAGAAAUGCAAUACUUUAAUAUCAGCAUCUUGCGAUGUUAAUUUUAUGCUCAUUUUCCAAAAAUAUGCAUUGUACAAAUAUUAAUAAAACAUUUUAACAACUUGAGAUUAUUCACAAAAUAAGUUUUGCUAAGUCCCGAUUAAUGGCCUAAUUAAUCGGAAAAAACGGUGAAACAUUUAAAUUUAUGAAAAAUAUAAUUAAUAUAUUAUUAUUACUAUUAUUUUAUCACGCAUUUUUAAAGCUUUCGUUUGUUAUAACUCUUAAUAGAAUUUAAUAUUUGAAUUAUUUGAGAUUUUGAUUUGCCUGGUUUUUAGACAAUUUUAUGCGAAUUUUACUCUUGUACUUUUUUUCUAUAGGGAACGAAUAAAUGCAAUAUGAAUUUUUUAUACAGUUAAUUACAUCGGUGUUCAUGCGGUUUGAUGGCACUACUAGUUUCUAUUUUACUAUUCCAAUUAUUCAAGAUUAUUAAGCAACACACAUUAUCAUAAAUGCACCCGCAACUAUAUUAAUGUACUGCCACGAAACUUAUAUUAAAAAAUAUAAUUACGAAAUUUACGGCUA